AUGCUGGGAUGGCGAAUCAUAGCGGACUAUUUGUCAGGAGCUCUUCUCCAGCCGUGGGGCGAACCCAUCAGGUCUCGGAUCAUUCGCAGAGAAGGUUUGGAGCUGUAUGUGAGCGGAUAUCCCACAGGCGGAAUGAUUAAUGUUGACCACGUCGCUUGGGGAUUUGACCUAGCAUUUAGCGAGAUGGAGAAUGCGGAACGAUUUGAUUAUGGGCGCUAUUACUUCUUGCUGGAUGAUACUCGUCGUGGUUUCUUGGAGUUUCGUGAGGCAACGCCUCAUCAGACUGAAGACUAUGAAGGGAAGGUCAUUUAUGAAGCGUCUUCAGACUAUCCUAAGAAGUCGUUGCAAAUAGAAGCAUUCCGAUACAGCGACAUUGAGCACCCAGAAUUUCAUCAAGGCUACUCAGACAGAUGA